UUCCAGACAAGUACUCAAUGUCCUCUCUAUCGUCGCCAAACGCGGUUUUGAUUACAGUUGGAAAAAAGAAAAGGGAGAAACAACCAAAACCGAAGAAAGUGCCCCGCGACCUAGUGGGGAGGCAGUACAGUGGUGGGCGGAAGACAUGCCUCGGGAGAAGCCAGCGGCGGAGCGCGGCGAGGUUCCGGAGGUGGUGGAGGUGGAGGAAAAGGCGGAGGAGGGCGGGCAGGCGGAGGCGGAGGAGCAGGAGGAGAGGUGGGCGCGCCUUCUGCCGGAGCUCCUCUCGGAGGUGGUGCGGCGCGUGGAGGCGUCCGGUGGGGAGCGGUGGCCGGCUCGCAAGGACGUGGUCUCAUGCGCCUGCGUCUGCCGCCGGUGGCGCGACGCCGCCGUCGCCGUCGUGCGACCGCCAGCGGUUUCUGGCAAGAUCACCUUCCCGUCCUCGCUCAAGCAGCCUGGGACAAGGGAGUUCCCAAUGCAGUGUUUUAUCAAGCGGAAUAAGAAGAACUCUACGUUCUACCUCUACCUUGGCUUGACAACUGCCACUGUGGAUAAAGGGAAGUUUCUCAUGGCCGCGAGAAGAUUUAGGCGUGGUCCCCAUACUGAAUACAUUAUAUCCCUUGAUGCUGAUGACUUGUCACAGGGGAGCAAUGCAUAUAUGGGGAAACUAAGAUCUGAUUUUUGGGGAACAAACUUCAAAGUAUAUGAUAGCAAGCCACCAUAUGAUGGCGCGAAAGCAUCAAGUAGUCGAUCUAGUCGGCGUUUUGGAAGUAGAAGAAUAAGUCCACAAGUAUCGGCAGGCAACUAUGAAGUUGGACAGCUUUCAUACAAAUACAACCUCCUCAAAUCCAGAGGGCCCAGGAGAAUGUAUUGUGCACUUGAGUGCCCUUCAACUCAAGAGACUUGGGAGAACUCCCUGAAGUCGAAGUUCCAGAAGCCCAUGGGAACCACAGUUUUGAGAAACAAAGCCCCACGCUGGCAUGAGCACUUGCAGUGCUGGUGCUUGAACUUCCAUGGGCGGGUAACAGUUGCAUCUGUCAAGAAUUUCCAGUUGGUUGCUGCUGCCGACCCCAAUGACCCUACUGGCUCCAGGGAUGAGGAUACAGUUCUGCUGCAGUUUGGUAAGGUCGACGACGAUAUCUUCACAAUGGAUUAUCGGCAGCCACUCUCAGCAUUUCAAGCCUUUGCCAUCAGCCUCAGCAGCUUUGGUACCAAGCUAGCUUGUGAAUAGCAAUACAAAGAUGCUCGAUGUACUGAUAUCUGGUUGCGCUGGUGGAUGCAUCUGUGUGUCUUGUUGUGUCUCGGUAAUUCGCCAUUUUCUUGCCUUUUGUUUUUUAGUUUGCAUGUCAAACUACUAUUGUAUCAUGCUCUUGUACAAGAGGUCUACGGUUCGUUGAAUGGAUUUAGUCCGGAGAAGGGAGUUUGUGUUGUAUAAAGUUUUGCUCAGAACUGAUGCAAAAGCCAGGGUUCAAUGUACAUAAGUUCUUGGGGAGUGGCACUUUCUCCUUUUACCUGCA